UCGCGGCCCUGGGGUUCAAGGAAGGAACAAACCCCACCGAUAGGGUUUAACAAGAAGGUUAGGAGAGCAGCCGCCGUCCCGGAGGCCGGAGUCCCUCGCCGCCGAAACCCCCUCCUCCCUCCGCUCCCGCCAAAUCACCCCUGCUACGACCGAAAUCCCUUUCACUCGCACCGGCGGCGUGGCCCGGACGCGAAUCCCCUCUUGCCGGCGGCGUGGUCCGGACGCGAUUCCUCUCGCCGUGCCCGUGGUCUGUAGCAGGGGACUUGUGCGAUGGCUUUUGCUAGUAGGAUGGGGAUUGUGCUGAGGAGGGCCUCCGGGUCCUCGAAUUCGUCGCUGCUCCAGGCAGUAAGGUGCAUGUCUUCUUCCAAGCUUUUUGUUGGAGGACUAUCAUAUGCCACAGAUGACCCAACUCUCAGGGAUGCCUUUUCUGGCUAUGGGGACGUCAUUGAAGCUAGAAUCAUCAUGGACAGGGAGUCUGGCAGGUCAAAGGGAUUUGGAUUUGUUACUUAUGCAUCCACCGAAGCUGCCGCGGCUGCCAUUAGUGCCAUGGAUGGCAAGGACCUUCACGGACGAAUGAUAAAGGUAGGCUACGCCAGUGACCGUGCUGGUGGGACACGUGGAGGUGGAUACGGCACUGGUAAUUAUGGAAGUGGCGGAUAUGGCGGCGCGGGAUAUGGAAGCCAUGGCGGUGGAUAUGCUGGCAAUGGUGGUGGUUACAGAAGUGGCGGAUAUGUCAGCACGGGAUAUGGAAGUGGUGGUGGUGGAUAUGUGGGCAAUGGUGCUGAUUAUGGAAGUGCAGGGCAUGCCAGUGGUGGUGGAUAUGGUAAUGCGGGAUAUGGUGGUUACAGUGGUGCUGCAGGCGGCGGCGAGUAUUCUAGCAUGAACAACAAUGCUGUUGCUGGUGGCUAUGGCGGUGGUGACGGAAGCUACAAUAAUGCCAGCAACUCGGGCAGAAGUGGUGGUAGCUAUGGUAGUGGUGGUGGAAUCUACAAUAAUGCGAGCAACUCUGGUGGAAGUUCUGGUGGCUAUGGCGGCGGUGGCGGAAGCUACAAUAAUGCCAGCAACUCGGGCGGAAGUACUGGUGGCUAUGGUGGUGGUGGCGGAAUCUACAAUAAUGCCAGCAACUCGGGUGGAAGUGCUGGUGGCUAUGAUGGUGGUGGCGGAAUCUACAAUAAUGCCAGCAACUCGGGUGGAAGUGCUGGUGGCUACGGCGGCGGUGGCGGAAGCUACAAUAAUGCCAGCAACUCGGGUGGAAGUGCUGGUGUCUACGGCGGCGGUGGCGGAAGCUACAAUAAUGCCAGCAACUCGGGUGGAAGUGCUGGUGGCUACGGCGGCGGUGGCGGAAGCUACAAUAAUGCCAACAAUUCGGCUGGAAGUGCUGGUAGCUACGGCGGUGGUGGUGGAAGCUACAAUAAUGCCAGCAAUUUGGGUGGAAGUGCUGGUAGCUACGGCGGCGCUGGUGGGUACAGUUCCCCCAACACAUAUGGCGUGGGCAAUUACAACAGCGGAGCUGGCGGCAAUGCAGUCUUCGGCGAAAAGACCGGCAGUUUCAGUAGUGGGCAUUCUGCUGUUGCUGGUGGCAACAACGGCAGCGCUGGUGGGAACAAUUUCCCCAACACGUAUGGUGCCGGCAACUACAACAGCGGAGCUGGCGGCAAUGCAGUCUUCGGCGAAAAGACCGGCAGUUUCAGUAGUGGGCAUUCUGCUGUUGCUGGUGGCAACAACGGCAGCGCUGGUGGGAACAAUUUCCCCAACACGUAUGGUGCCGGCAACUACAACAGCGGAGCUGGCGGCAAUGCAGUCUUCGGCGAAAAGACCGGCAGUUUCAGUAGUGGGCAUUCUGCUGUUGCUGGUGGCAACAACGGCAGCGCUGGUGGGAACAAUUUCCCCAACACGUAUGGUGCAGGCAACUACAACAGUGGAGCUGGCGGCAAUGCAGUCUUCGGCGAAAAGACCGGCAGUUUCAAUUCUGCUGUUGCUGGUGGCGACAACGGCGUCAACAGCGCUGGUGGGUACAAUUCUCCCAACACCUAUGGUGCCGGCAACUACAACAGUGGAGCUGGCGGCAAUGCAGCCUUUGGCGAAAGCACUGGCCGUUUCAGCAGCGGGAAUUCUGCUGUUGCUGGUGGCGACAACGGCGUCAACAGCGCUGGUGGGUACAGUUCUCCCAACAUGUAUGGCGCCGGCAACUACAACAGUGGAGCUGGUGGCAAUGCAGUCUUGGGCGGAAGCACUGGCAGUUUCAGCAGCGGGCAUUCUGCUGUUGCUGCUGGCAACAACAGCGGCAACUUUGCUGGAAAUGUGAGCGGCAUCGGCAACUUUACUGGCAGCCGCAAUGGCAGCAGCUAUGCCGGAGGAUUUGGCAGCGCCGAGACCCUUGGAGCUAGCAAGGUGCAGUACAACGGCCAAGACGACCUGCUGGGUGCUGACUACUUCUCCGAGUCGGAGGACCGUCAUGCGGGCAGGUCAGCGUAACUUUAGUGUCGCGGAACAUCUUGAUAUGCAAAGGUAACAAUGAUGAAUGCCUGGCGGGUGCUUUUUGUUAGAGAAAACCCAAAGCUUGAUGAUGCCUCUGGAGUAGGUUAUUAUUAGGUAAGAAGAAUUGCUUAGUUUUUCUGCUUUGGUUUUGCAUGCUAUUUUGAGACGAGAACAGUUAUGGUGAUGCUUCUGGCUACGAUUACUGUUUUUUAUCGUGUAUAUUGAGA